GAGACUUACUACAGAAUAUAGUGUUGUCUGGAGGAUCCACCAUGUUUAAAGACUUCCAAAGAAGGCUUCAACGGGAUACAAAGAAGAUUGUGGAUGCACGUGUUCUUGCAUCUAGUGCUAGACAUGGUAGUGAAGUAAAGGCACAACCGGUUGAAGUGAAUGUUGUUAGCCAUCCCAUCCAGAGAUAUGCAGUAUGGUUUGGAGGCUCUGUACUUGCAUCAACACCUGAAUUUUUUACGGCAUGUCAUACAAAAGCAGAAUAUGAGGAAUAUGGGGCCAGCAUAUGCCGAACAAAUCCUGUGUUCAAGGGAAUGUAUUGAUUAUUGAAUGAAUCCUUUGAUUUCUAGAAGCUGUUCUUCCCUUCGUGUACAUUUUGCAGAUUGGUGGUUCAAGGUGGCGACUUCCAUCUGUUUGAGUUGACCUUAACGAUGGAAAAAACGAGAAAUUGAUGAAAGUGAGAAAAAAGUAAAAAAAAUUGAUGUUCUUGAGUUUCAUUAAAAGAGAGAAGUGGGAAGAAAUGGAAGGAAAACUUUCCCUUCUAACUUUCUUUCCAAUUUGGAAGGAUU